AUGGAUAGACUUAUUGCCCCAGGUUACUUCACAAGGCCUGCCAAGGUAUCAAGAGGACCUUGGUUCAGAGAAUUCAUGGUUGAAGACGAUGGUCUCGAAUAUUAUUACCAGUACAAAAAUGGAAAUGGAGAACAAAAGUACCUCCUUACUAAUAAUAUUCCUCUCGCUGAAAGAGAAAGUAUACAGAAUCUGUAUACUGGGUAUAAAAGAAAUAGCGCCCUGUCUACAUUCGCCGGACUGUGGGGUGGCUUCGAGCUCGUUACCAGAGUCCCCUUCUUCAAGAGAAUGUUGCCUGGAUACAGAUUUAUUUCCUUCCUUGUAGUCGGUAAACUCUUGGCAAUGGAGUUCAGAUACUACACAGGUGGCUACUACUACAUGCCAUUGCUGUGCUCUUACUUCAAGAAGUACGAUCAUGUUGCCAAGAGCGACUUGUUCGAGAUCACUGAUGAGAAGAGGGAAUGGUUCGAGCUUGACACUUCUCAAUACAUGAAUUACGACUUCGAAGAUCUUGACCAUCAUCACCAUAACGUAAACCACGGUCCUCAACCUGAAGGAGAAGCUUUGAGCGCUAGCUGGUUCGUUGAAUUAAAUAAAUACCUCAAGGGAGAACCAAAUAAAUUGAAGGAGCAUCCUAAAUUCAGAGAUUACAACUUUGAUUACUCUGAUAAAUACCAAUGGCCAACAACUGACACAGUUCAUGAUGUGUUCCAUGCUAAAGAGAUUGAACAGCACACCCCAGAUUCUUUGAAACCAGGUGCUAUUGCUAAGCCAAAGAAUGAAUAA